AUGGGGAAUGGAAAAAUCUUGUGUCAGCCUGACAUCACCUGCCAGCCUGACAUCACCUGCCAGCCUGACAUCACCUGCCAGCCUGACAUCACCUGCCAGCCUGACACCACCUGCCAGCCUGACAUCACCUGCCAGCCUGACAUCACCUGCCAGCCUGACAUCACCUGUCAGCCUGACAUCACCUGCCAGCCUGACAUCACCUGCCAGCCUGACAUCACCUGCCAGCCUGACAUCACCUGCCAGCCUGACAUCACCUGCCAGCCUGACAUCACCUGUCAGCCUGACAUCACCUGCCAGCCUGACAUCACCUGCCAGCCUGACAUCACCAGUCAGCCUGACAUCACCUGUCAGCCUGACAUCACCUGUCAGCCUGACAUCACCUGCCAGCCUGACAUCACCUGCCAGCCUGACAUCACCUGCCAGCCUGACAUCACCUGUCAGCCUGACAUCACCGGUCAGCCUGACAUCACCUGUCAGCCUGACAUCACCUGUCAGCCUGACAUCACCGGUCAGCCUGACUUCACCUGUCAGCCUGACUUCACCUGCCGGCCUGACAUCACCUGUCAGCCUGACAUCACCUGUCAGCCUGACAUCACCUGUCAGCCUGACAUCACCUGUCAGCCUGACAUCACCUGUCAGCCUGACAUCACCUGCUAG